GGCCGUAAAGCAGCAGAGGCUGCAGCGACCAGGGGUGGAAAGAGCCAUCCCUUGCAAGGACCAGAAAGCAAGACAGUGCCACAGCCUUUGGGGGAGUCCAGGACCAGCUGGUCGAAGACCCCCAUCAUAAGCUUUGCCACACUGCAGUUUCCUGCACACCAGUGGGAGUGGUGCCCUGAAACUGGCCCAAGGAUACAGCUGCCCUGCCACCUGAUGACAACACCAUCGAGUUCCUUCCCUACUGAGCCUGUCCCACAGCCCUCAGGGGUCCAUGGCCUCUCCCAGAUAACCCGAAGCCUGUAUAUAAGUAAUGCUGUGACAGCUAACAACAGACUCAUGUUGUCCAGCCACCACAUCACUACUGUCAUCAAUGUUUCAGAGGAGGUAGUCAACACGUAUUUUGAGGACAUCCAAUACCUAAAGGUACCGGUGGCCGACUCUCCCAGCGCACGUCUCUACGAUUUUUUUGACCCCAUAGCUGAUCAUAUCCACAGUGUGGAAAUGAAACAGGGCCGCACAUUGCUGCACUGCGCUGCUGGCGUGAGCCGCUCUGCCGCUGUCUGCAUGGCCUUCCUUAUGAAGUACCACACCAUGUCGCUGCUGGACGCCCAUGAAUGGACCAAGUUAUGCCGCCCCAUCAUCCGACCCAAUAACGGCUUUUGGGAUCAACUUAUUCAUUAUGAAUUCAAGCUAUUUACCAAAAACACCAUACGGAUGAUCAAUUCUCCAGUGGGUAUGAUCCCAGACAUCUACCAGAAGGAACUCCAUUUGAUGAUGCCAAUGUAAGUCAUCCUGGCUAGUCAGCCCCUCACAUCUGCUAUUGAUCCUAUACCAACAUCGAACAUGAUCUCUGAACUUGAAUCAGUAAAGAAAACCCAAUGCCUUUUAGAAGGGCAAGCAAA